UCCACUUCACCUGGGCAACAUGAAGGGUUUGGUUGUGUUUGUAGCACUGACAGUCUCAGCAUUUGCAGCUCCUCAGGUGGUACCCUUGGCACCAGCUUACCAGUCUUACCAACCUAUAACCUACAAAUCACAAUACGCUCCUGCAAAGAUCGCCUUUGCCGCCCCUGCUACUUACCAAGCCGUCGCUCCUGCUUAUAAGACUUAUGCUGCUCCUAUUGCUACCGUACCUGCCUACAAACCAGUGGCUUAUUCCGCCCCUGCCUUCAAACCCAUAACAUAUUCCGCCCCUGCCUUCAAACCCAUAACAUACUCCGCGCCUGCCUACAAGCCCGCAGCUUACUCUGCGCCUGCCUACAAGCCUGCAGCUUACCCCGCGCCUGCCUACAAACCCGUAGCCUUUUCCGCGCCUGCCUACCAGUACACACCCCAGCCUGCCUAUGUAGCCCAGCCCCAGUACACUGCAGCUUCCGGUUAUGUCAAGCCUGUGGCAAUCUUACGUCAAUCUCAAGAUGAUAACUUUGAUGGUUCCUUCUCGUAUGAUUUCGAAGCUGAAAACGGAAUUGCAUCAUCUGCAAGUGGUUACGUGAAAAACGCAGGAUCCGAGGAUGAAGCCCAGGUAAUCCAAGGCCAGUAUUCCUACACUGCCCCCGAUGGAACUCCCGUGGUCACCCGCUGGUUCGCGGACGAGACAGGGUUCCACGCUGAGGGUGCUCACAUCCCAACCCCUGGGGCGGAGCCCUACAGAACUGCUUAAACGUAAACGCUUAAAGUAUUAGAUAUUUCCUUAAUAAAUAUGAUUGUACAUAUGAA